CCGCUCAGGGUCAAGUCGAAACCAGCGGCACAGCAGGCUAAUUCGCGUGUGCGUAGUCCAUCGCCGAUCGGGAGGCAUCUCGACUCCAAGUUGCCCGACAUUGAAGACGGCGACAGCUUUAGGGAGCUGACCAAGAAGCUGUCGGUCUAUAUCGCAGCUGUGGUUCGAUUGCCAUAUACCUUUGAGCAGCUACGGACGACUGCGGCUGGGGAGGCAUUGAUUGUGCUGGUUCAGCACCUGAGCACCACUUGCAAAAAUCCUGCAAUAGUGAAUUCACUGCUCGCUCUCAAGUGGCAUUAUGGUGUCUCCACCGAAGACAAGGGUAUUGCCGAGGCUCGAGCAAACGCCUGCGAGAUUGUGGCUUGGAGGUUUUUGACCCAUCUGUCUGAACGAGAGGCAGUGGAAUACUGCCUUUAUGAGAUUCCAGACCUCGGCGAUGUGGAUGGCGAUGGCGAGGCCGAAAAUGGUGCCGACGACGAGGAGAGCGGCCACCGCCACAUUGACGAGAAUACGGCUCUCCUGCCACAUGGAUGGUCAGGACAUGGGGGUUUCAUCGGCUCCGGACGCAUCAUCCCCGAGCGUCCGGCCAGCCGUAAAAGGUACCAACUUCUUCAGUCACUAUCCAGCCUCACAAUGAGCGUCAAGCAAGACGACGACGAUGAAGAGGAGCAUGACCCCACGGCACCCUUCAAAACCCUGAAUGGACUCGAGAUCGCCGCUGUUGCCGACGCCAAACGGUUCCUCAGUCAGACCGUUGUUCAGAAGAUCAUAACUGGUAUCUGGGAGGGAGAUAUCGUCUUCUGGGAGGACCUCACGAUCCACUCGAUCAAGCGGCCCAAGUUCUACAAACCGCACACCGCAGACCCCUUUUCCAGGCUGAGGGUGCCCAAGUACCUCAAAUCGUUCGAGGUGCUCUUCUUUCUGUCCUUCUUGUGCCUGUACUACGCCGUCUUGAACAACCGUGACGACGUCUCGCACAUCACAACCCUGGAGGUGGUCCUCUACGUCUGGUUUGCCGCUUUUUUCUACGACGAGCUGAGCGAAUGGAUAGACGCCGGCUCCAUAUUUUAUGCCACCGACGUCUGGAAUCUCUUUGACAUGAUAAUGCUGCUCAUCGGUGUCGCAUUCGCCUCGCUCAGGAUCGUGGGCCUGUAUCGUGGAGACCAGCACCUGACGGAAACCGCUUUUGACAUACUCUCCCUCGAAGCUCUGUUCAUGGUGCCACGCAUCUGUUCGGUGUUGAGUCUCAGCCCCUACUGGGGAACCUUGAUCCCUUGCCUCAAGGAGAUGGGCAAGGACUUUGUCAAAUUCAUGGUUCUCGUCGUGAUCGUCUACCUCGGCUUCCUCACCACCUUCUCACAGCUGGCACGUCACCGCUUCGGGCUGGCCAACAUGACCAUGUUCCUGACCAAGAUAUUCUUCGGCAGCAGCUACGUCGGGUUUGACAUUAUGCGUGAUAUCGAUCCCGUCUUUGGACCACCUCUGAUGCUCACAUUCAUCACGCUGAGCUCCAUCCUGCUGAUGGGCUCCCUGACAGGUAUGCUAAGCAACAGCUUCUCGCGCGUCAUCAGCCACGCCCGCGAGGAGUACCUCUACGUCUACUCGGUAUACGUCCUCGAGGCGUCCACCAGCAACCGCCUCACGCACUUUUACCCGCCCUUCAACCUCAUAGCUCUGGUAAUAUUUCGUCCACUGCGCCUCUUCCUGCCGUCGGACCACAAGUUCCGCGCCGCCCGCAUCGCGCUCCUCAAGGCGACCCACUGGCCAAUCGUCGGGGUUAUUCAGCUCUACGAACUCAUCCGCGGCAAGUUCAGGCCGGCCGACAAGUUCAGAGGCCCGGUCCCGGACUCGUUGAGUGCGGGGGCCUCGCCGAGGAAGACGCAGAAGCGACCGGCCCUGCAGGGUCGGCGCUCGGGCAGUUCGCUCAACGACCCGUCCCCGUGGCAGCGCCAGCCGGCUAGAACAGCCAGCGGCGCCGACUAUUCCAACAUGCAGCAGACUCUCCAGUCGGCAUCCCAGCGUCGGGUCGAUAUGGUCGAGGACACCGGUAUGGAGGGCCCUACGGACGUCGAGGUCCGAAUCCGCGAGCUCUCGGACAAGAUUGACAAGCUCACCGAUCUGGUUCUUGCCAUGCAGAACCAACAAGCCCUGCAGACCCAACAGACGGCUCAGGUCUCUGUGUGA